AUGGCGCACGAACAAUCAUCCCUCCUGCCGGCGGACAUGCUGGAAUCCCAGCUGUCCACCAUUGAUCUCCUCAUGGCCAUGUUUCCCAACCCAGGCGAGUUGGAGAUCCCUGCCUCGACAUCUCAGUGCGUGGAAAAGCUCCGGGACUGGUGUCAGGCUCCAGCGGGAGUGCCCUCGGGCAUCCCGUCAAGUAUCCUGCUCGCGGUGUGUUUGCCCCUGGCAGACGGAGAGAAGACCAUCCAGGUCAAUAUCUCGAUCCCACUGCACAGCUCGGAUCCCGUACCGGAACAGCCACCUCCGCCCAGUUAUACGCUUCGACAGCCCGAUUGGAUGUCUAAAGCUGAGGUCGCGACGCUGGCCGCCGCCAUGCCUCAAGAUGACGUGUUCGAGGCAUUUGAGUACGUUCGAGAAGAAGCCACGCGCUUUCUGGAAGCCCAGCAGGCCUCGGCACCGGACGCAACUGCAGGUGGCUCGGGAUCCAUUGUGCGGGUGUGGUUCUAUUUCCCCUCUCUGUCGACUCGCAAGAAGCGUGAUGAUCUCGUCAACCAUGCCGCGGGGUACGCGCUCACGGGCUUUGUGUUGGCGGGCAAGCCGGGCGUGCUGUGCCUCGAAGGAGGGUCGACCGACAUUGACGACUAUAUGAGCUUCAUUAAGACCUACUCGUGGGGUGACAUUCCCAGUCAUCAGAAAAAGGUCAGCGAGCGAUUUCGCGAGACGGAAGGGGUACAAAGAGUCUUCUCGGGCAUGGAAGAGAUCACGGACUCGCUGGGGGAACGAAGUGGGCAGCGAGCUAAUCGAGGGGACAUGCAGGCGCUGGAGGCCUGGCUGCGGGCCCGCGGAUUGCAGGAGGCUUUUGAACAGGUGAUCUUCUAG